GACGCGCUGGCCGUUCGGCUCGGGCGCCUCGAACUUCUUGGAUAAUAAAAAAAAAAACUUUUGAGUUUGGAAUGUUUUUUGAAUUGAAUUCGGAAAGCUUUUAAAAGUUUUUGGUGUUCUGUGAUCUGUGACAUUUUUGAACAUGAUUUUGCGCGGGAUAACUGUUUUGACGUUACUUUUGUUCCUGUUUGAAGGUGUAACGAGUCUUCGUGAUGUCCGUCUCCUGGUGGAACCCACGACCGUGGUUCGCGGCGGCACGGCGGCGCUGGUGUGUUCCCGCGACAUGCAGGGAGCGCCGCUCUACUCGGUCAAGUGGUACCGCGGGAAUCACGAGUUCUACCGCUACACGCCCAUGGAGGAACCCGACACGAGGGUGUUUGGGUUGCCCGGGAUAUAUGUGGACAUGAACCGGUCAAACGGCACCCAGGUGCUGCUGCGGCGGCUGGAGCUGGGGCUAGCGGGGAAUUUCAGCUGCGAGGUCACCGCCGACUCGCCCUCCUUCGCCACCCAGAUCGCCACCAGGUUCAUCGACGUCAUAGCGCUGCCGACGUCGACGCCGGUGCUGGUGGCUGACAAGGACAGGUACCAGCCGGGAGAGCUGCUGCGCGCCAACUGCACCUCGCCCCCCGCGCGACCCCCCACCAACCUCACCGUAUACGUCAAUGAGGAGCCGAUCAGCGCGCUCGAGACCAGCCUGCUCUCGUCUGACAGCGGCCUCUUCACAACGCGCGUGAAGGUGGAGGUACCGGUGACGUCACGGCUGUUCCCCUCCGGCCGCCUGCGCGUUGCGUGCUACGCGUCUCUCUACCAGCUGUACAACAAGUCUGCGAAGCUGGACUUCCUUACUCCUGAGACUGACCCUCGACCUGAGAGAAUAACCCUAAACGGCGGAGCCUCGACCUGCGCAUCGAACCAGCUGCUGCUGCUAUUUUUGCUCAUCAUCCCGAUCAUGCUGAAGCAACACCGCCAAGAACCUGUGACACACGAUGAUGAUAGCGAACAUAACAGAAUAUCCCUCGUCGGCGGCUGAGCGUUAGCUAUUUAUAAAGUUGUUAAAAGUUAAGAAUUUACUGUAAAUUAUAUUUUGACUGUAAACAUGCUUUUGUCCGACAGAGCAAAUAGGCAAUUUUAAGUUAGCUGCUUGAAAAUGCAAUUUUAAACUGUGCUUGUAUAAAAUUGUAUUUUUAAACCUAAUAGGGUUUCCAUUUCAAGUACAAUAUAGUUCUGAAAUACCCAAACUAGCGACAUCUAGCGAGCAGUACUGAAAGUAAAUUUCCAUCGCUUACUGUGCGAAGUUCUAUAAUAAGUAGAUAAUAAUUGCUGAAUUUUUGCAAGACAGAAAACUGUUAUUAUUUAUGAAA